AUGACCACUGAAAUCAAUCACAACUCUCUUCCUUCUCUCUCUAUGACCACCGAAAUUAGGCAACCUCGAUGUCUAAACUAUCUAUCUAUCUAUCUAUCUAUCUAUCUAUCUAUCUAUCUAUCUCAAACUGUUCACAUUUAUUUAUCUAGCUCGCUCACACUAUUCUAUCUAUCUAUCUAUCUAUCUAUCUAUCUAUCUAUCUAUCUAUCUAUCACAAUAUUUACGCUGGAGACUUCUUUAGCGUUCAACGAUAAUGCUAAACAUCCGAUGAAUACAUCAAAAUUCUUCCACUCGCAUCGUUACAUAAAGCCAAGUAAACGCAAGAACGCAUUCAUAUCCUUUCAAGUGGCCGCACGGUAUUCCUACAGACCUCGAGGACAAAUAGAUUUCUGCCCAUUAGAUGGAGGAAUGUUACUUUCAAAUCUAAUAUACCCCUCAUUUCGAGCUGUUCGCUACGAGUCUCUUGCUGUGAGCCUCUCGUUGCGAGUCGCUCGCUACGAGCCUUUCGCUAAGAGCCUGUCGUUGAGAUCCGCUCGCUACGAGCCUUUCGCUACGAGCCUCUCGCUCUGA